AUGUCAUCCUUGGACCUCACCAUCGACUUCUCCGUCCCCUUCGACGACGACCCCUGGACCUUCGAAUACAAGACGUUCGAUGUCCUCAACGACUACCUGCAGCCGCAGUCGCCGACCUCGCCCUCGGCCGCUGCCCUGCAGCUCAACGAGCUUCUGCCAGAAAUCGGCAUCCUGCAGCUGUGGGACAUCGUCUUCCGCGUCGCCGCCCAAGUCCCGCACGACCACCCUUCGCAGGAGAAGCUCAUCGACCUCAUCACCGCCCUCCGCGAUGCCCCCAUCGAGCCGAACCCGUUUGCCGACCUGGACCAGCUCAACGCCGAGCUGACCGACAUCUUCCACCAAACCAGCCCAGACCCACCCCCCGCCGAGCAAGACCAACAAGAAGACGACGGCCCCACCCUCGACAACCUCGACACGAUGUUCGCCACCGACGACGACCCCGCCGCCGCCGCCGCCGCCGCCGCCCCUUCCACCGACGCAGCCCCAGCCCCAGCACCCCCAUCCCCCACCACCAAGCCAAAAGCCGACAACACCCUCCACGCCCUCCUCUCCAACGGCCACUCCCACCGCAACCUCCACGCCCUCGCCGCCCGCCUCACCCGCUCCCACCUCGACGACCGCGCCCCCACCGAAGGCGUCUACGCCCUCGCCCACGCCCUCGAACACACGCGCCCGGACCCGCGCUCGCGCGCGUUCGCGGCGCGCGGCCGAGCGCUCGAGUGGCGCGUCCCCGUCGCGGCGGACUGGGUGAUGAUUGCGGGGAGGGAGGUGUACGGGUGGGUUGUCGUUAAAGGAGAGCAGGGGGGAAAGGAGAGGUGGGAGGGGUGGAGGCGGGCGUUUGAGGCUGUGGCGGAGGGGGAGGUGUGUGGGGGAGAAGUGAGGGAGGUGGCGAGGGUGGCGGCGAGGAGGAUGGCGGAGAUUGAGGGGGAGGUUGAGAAGGAGGCGAAGAAGGCUGGGGGUGGCGGCGGCGCUUGA